CUGGAGGAGUUUCUAUCCUGCCCUGCUUGCCCGGCCCGCUGUCAUCCCGGGCGGGAGCUGCCCGGCAGUGAGCCCCCAAGGCGCGCACUCCGCACCCCAACCUCUCCAAGUCCCCGCGCGCUCCGACGCAGCAGAUCCAGGCCACGGAGCCGCCGGGACGCGCCCCGACAGCGCCCCGAGAAGCCCACCCGCGCCUGGUCCCGGGCAGGGGGUGGUGGUGGUGGUGGUGGGUGGCAGCCAACCCAGCCGAGGAAGGAUGUUCACCUCCAAAUCCAACUCGGUGUCACCCUCGCCGUCUCUGGAGCAGGCCGACCCCGACGCCCUGGACAUCAGCACCAAAGUGCAGCUGUACGGAGUGCUGUGGAAGCGGCCCUUCGGGAGGUCAUCGGCAAAGUGGUCCCGGAGGUUUUUCAUCAUCAAGGAGAGCUUUCUGCUUUAUUACUCAGAGAGUGAAAAGAAGAGCUUUGAAACCAAUAAAUACUUCAAUAUUCACCCUAAGGGUGUCAUUCCUCUGGGGGGCUGCCUGGUAGAGGCCAAGGAGGAACCCAGCAUGCCCUAUGCUAUGAAAAUCUCCCACCAAGACUUCCAUGGGAACGUGCUGCUGGCUGCUGAGUCAGAGUUUGAACAGACCCAGUGGCUGGAGAUGCUGCAGGAGUCAGGGAAAGUGACUUGGAAGAAUGCCCAGCUUGGAGAAGCCAUGAUCAAAAGCUUGGAGGCCCAGGGGCUGCAGCUGGCCAAGGAGAAACAGGAGUAUCUAGAUAAGCUGAUGGAAGAAACAGAGGAACUCUGCCUUCAGAGGGAGCAGAGAGAGGAGCUUGAACGGCUUAACCAGGUGCUGGAGGCUGAGAAGCAGCAGUUUGAAGAGGUGGUACAGGAGCUAAGAAUGGAGCAGGAGCAGAUCAAGAGGGAGCUCGAACUGACUGCAAGAUGUCUCAAGGGAGUGGAGCAAGAGAAGAAGGAGCUGAGGCACUUCACAGAGUCCUUGCAGCAGACGCUGGAGGAACUCUCCCUCGAGAAGAAGAAAACCCUGGAAAUGCUGGAAGAGAAUGAAAACCAGUUACAGACACUGGCUAAUCAGAGUGAGCAGCCUCCUGCCGAUGAGGGUCUCCAUAGCAACCUCAGACAGAUCGAGGAGAAGAUGCAACAGCUCUUAGAGGAGAAGCUGCUGGCGGAGAAGAGGAUGAAAGAGAAUGAGGAACGCUCACGGGCCCUAGAAGAGGAGCGAGAGUUUUACUCCAGCCAGUCCCAGGCUCUGCAGAACUCGCUGCAGGAGCUGACAGCAGAGAAGCAGCAGGCAGAGCGAGAGCUUAAGGCUGAGGUGAAGGUCCGCAUGGACCUGGAGAGGCGCCUGAGGGAGGCAGAGGCGGCCCUGAGGAGUCUGGAACAAGGGCUCAACUCCAAGGUGCGGAACAAAGAGAAGGAGGAGAGGAUGCGGGCAGACGUGAGCCACCUGAAAAGGUUCUUCGAGGAGUGCAUCCGCAACGCGGAGCUGGAGGCCAAGAUGCCGGUCAUCAUGAAGAACUCGGUGUACAUCCACAAGGCGGCCACGCGGCGCAUCAAGAGCUGCCGCUUCCACCGGCGCCGCUCCAGCACCUCCUGGAACGACUCCAAGCCUCCGCAGUCGGCCCUGAGCUCCCAGCUGGAAGCCACGGACGUGGAGGAGCUGCGGGCCGUGGCCAAGCGGCUGAGCCGGGACCAGCGCUUCCGCGAGUCCAUCUACCACAUCAUGGCCGGCCAGCCUGGAGCCGCGGCGGCGCCGCCCCGAGGGGGAAAGUGAUCCACGGGGACCCCCUGGGCUGCAGGGUCGACGGGGCCAGGCCUGAGGCCUACCUGGCUACCCCCAGCCUGAGCUUCACCUCAGGGCGAGCUUCACCCCAGAAGACAGGGGACCCCAUCAC